UCGGUGCGUUCGGUCGUGGAAAUUUUCCAGUGCUCUGGACCAGUAGUAGUGGAACGGUACAGUCAGUGUCAGAAGGAGGCUACAGGAUUACAACUCCCACAAGGAUUAUUACAGGGAUCAUCUCUGUUGGAUGUUGGUGCAAGCUUCCCUCGUUGGAGUUUCGUCUUGACAAGAUAAGUGUAAUAAGUAGAAGCGCGUGCGUUUCCAUUGAAAAGUGAUACAUCAUUCGAUGAAAACGUGUUGAGUGGCUUUUGUACGAGGGAAAUACAAGGAAGUGAACCCUCUCGAAUUCAAUCAGACCGUUGAGAGGAUAAAAUCAUUUUUACAUUAUUAUCUUGCUGUGAAGACGGAGUGCAACGUUUGGAAUGUGUCUUGCUGAAGAAACACAAUAGCGAAACAAUUUCCAGUGAACUGAAUUUGAAAGUGAGUUUUUUCUGCAGUGAGUACAGAGCAUUUUUGGAAUACCGCAAUAAGAGAUCGAAGAACUAGGUUUGCGUCCGGCCCCAUCAUAAUCAGACCCAAAAUCAACACCGAAGAAGCUGGUAGCCAACUCCCAUCGGACCAAGAUUCCAGUCGACAAGCAUAAUUGAUGAGGCAGAACGGAGCGUUCCGAGCCUAAAAGCAAGUCCGUCUUCCCGAACAAUGACAGAGACCCCCUUCGUGUACGGCGUGGAGUUGAGAUCCCCUCCACCGACGACGGCCUCCAGUCAACUGACGCAAUACGACCGUUUUCUCAAGAUGAAAUCUAUGACCGAGCACCUGCUGCUGGGCCACGGCCAUUACAGCGCCACCCAACUGCCCUCCAAUAUGGCCGACCAGCUUUCGUCCCUCUUGGCCAGCGAUGAGGUCUUCACGUCCUCGACCACUGCCGUCAAUCUGACGACCUCGCUGGGCCAAAUACGCAACAUAGUGACCGAGUUGUCGCUGCGAGGGGGAUCCAGUGCAGUUACGGUGGCCACUAGUGGUGGCAACUCAACUCCCACCGGGGCCAGCAGUCCCAGUGCCACGUCGGCAGCCACCCGAGGAGGAGGGGAUUCAACGUUUCAGAACAAUCUCAUCAUUCCGCUGUAUGCGGUUAUCUUUCUGCUGUCGGUGGUCGGAAAUCUGCUCGUGAUUCUGACGCUGGCCCAGAACAAGCGGAUGCGGACGGUUACCAAUGUGUAUCUGCUGAAUUUGGCCAUCUCGGAUCUGCUGCUGGGCGUUUUUUGCAUGCCGUUCACUCUGGUCGGCCAGGUGCUGCGAAAGUUCAUAUUCGGAAGCAUAAUGUGCAAGCUGAUACCGUACUUUCAAGCCGUGUCCGUUUCGGUGGCCGUUUGGACUCUGGUGGCCAUUUCGUUGGAGCGCUACUUCGCCAUCUGUCGGCCACUUUCAUCCCGCCGCUGGCAAACCCAAUUUCACGCUUACAAAAUGAUCGCUUUGGUGUGGCUGCUCAGCUUUCUGGUCAACUCUCCCCUCUGCUACAUCCAACGGCUUCAGCCGGUUCAUCGAUUGCGUUCUACAGCAGCGACUACAACUACGACGACAAUGUCUACAACGGUGGCCAACAGUUUGAACAACGUGAUUGCCAUUGCGACCGGCAGCAUCAGCAGCAGCAGUCACCAACCGAUGAAGUGUCGCGAAAUGUGGCCGGACAAAUCGUACGAGAGGGCCUACGUGCUGUUCCUGGAUGCCGGGCUGCUGUGCUUUCCGCUAAUUACCAUGGGAUUUGCCUAUUCGAUGAUCGUUUCGAAGCUGUGGCGGGGACUGCGGCGCGAAAUUCGACACUCCACCCACCAGAAGCAUCAGCUGCAAAUCACCAACGCGACGGCCAUCACCAUGGGCUCAUCCUCGCUGGAGACAAGUUUGAAAACAAAAGUUCUCCCAUCCGCUCGUGUACAGCAGGAAACCAGCUGCUAUCUGCUGACUACGGGACUACCAACCCAACCAACCGGCGCCCAUAUCAAUUCCACGUCGGGUAACACCGGCGGCCAGCCACUGAAUCGUAGCAACAUCAACAACAAUAAUAACUACUGCUGCUCGAGUUUCGGCCCUAAUGGGCUGCAUUACAAGGCGUUGCUCGGUGGCCCACUGGACAGUACCGGCGGCAGCUCGUCCACUGGAAAUCGUUCCCGGACCCGAUUUGCAAUGUUGAAGGACUUCAUGGAGAGUCACCGUUCGAAGCGCGGCCCCAAUCCGGUAAUCGCGCUUAAGUCCACCACACUCAUCGCCCCAACACCAGCUUCCGGAACCGGAUCAUCCAUCAACGGUCCCGGCAAUGCCAGCAACAAGCUCUACAGUUGUAUUCCACCCUCCCCGCCCACAACUCCGGUCCUAAGGCCCACAUCGGAAACAGCUUUCCACGACAGAACAGCACCAUCGACGAUUACGGCACCAUCCUUCGCAAACACCGGCAAUGGACAGCCACCCAAGGGCCUCAACAGCAGCAGGAUAAGUGAUAACAGUGGGACUCUAUCGAGCACGGGAAUGGUGCUGCCACCUCUCGCCUGUUCCGCACCGGCGGUCCUUCCAGCGGCACCUUCCUUCUCCCGUCACGCCAUUCGCUCAAAUUACAUGGACAAAAGCAUCGAAGCCAAGAAGAAGGUCAUCCGGAUGCUGUUCGUCAUCAUCGUCGAGUUCUUCGUGUGCUGGGCACCGUUGCAUAUACUGAACACGGUCUAUCUCUACUCGCCGGCAUUCGUGUACCAGUACGUCAGCAGCAACGGGAUAGCACUAGUACAGCUGAUGGCAUACAUCAGCUCCUGCUGCAAUCCGAUCACCUAUUGCUUCAUGAACCGACGCUUCCGGCAGGCGUUCCUCAACAUCUUCGGUUGCUAUCGGCAUCGCAUAUUUCUCUGCCUGUGCUGUUGCUUCCGUUGCGGAGAGGACGAUUCCCAGCUGGAUGGGGAAACCAAGUCAGCCGGUUCCAGAGCGAACCCGAGCAACACCGGUGGACCCGGAACCGGCGCCAACAAUUCCGACAUAUCCGUAAACGAUUCGCUGGCCUACGCCGGUCGGAGCAUCGUCCAGCGCUCCGAGAUCAUGGUUCUAGAAUCGGAGGAACGGGUUUAGCAACGGCUCCGACCACGUGACAAGUUCUGUUUCGAUCGUCAACUCGAUCAGCUCGAAUCGAAUCGCACAUCAAGUUACGCAGAUCAUCGAAACCGACCCCGAGGAUGCAACUUUCCGUUUCCGGAUCACGUGGUCAAAGUCAUCUUCCUCAACUAGCCAGCCCAAGACUGUCAACGGUUGUGAUAACGAGCGGUACUCGUAAGAGAGAACGGGACCUGGCAAUCGCACGCCUCGUCGAAAGUGUGUGUUUAACCCGUAUAGGCCUGAGUGGAUGAAAAAUUACUAAAACUCUCACCGCUCAGCGAAUACUUAACGGAUUUCAAUUAUUUUUUGUCAGUAUA